AUGCAGAACGAGAAAGAGAAGAGAAAGAAAAAGACAGACGAAAAGGAAAAUGAAGCUGAAAGGAAGGAAGAUCAACGGGCUGGAAUCCCCAGUCGGCCACAGACAACCGUUCCCGGAGUCAGUCGAGCUGUGAGAAGUCACCACGCCGCACCUACUACCCGAGACCCCGACACGAGUCCACUCCACUCAACCGUGAACAGACCGAAAAGUGAAGUUAUCAUCACGACUGCCAUCAUGUCACUGCUGCGGUACUGCACCUUGGGGGCGCUGCUGAUCCACCUGGCCUACGGAGCCGGCCAGUGGGGUUACGCACCGGGCCAAUACGGUCCCGAGAACUGGAAGACCCUGGCGCCCCAGUUCUGUAGUGGUUCGGCCCAGUCUCCCAUCGACCUGGUCUACCGCACCACCGUCAAGCAGACCUACCCUGCCUUUACCUUCACUGGGUACAACGCCGUGCCUGGGAACGUCAGCUUCACCAUGUCUAACAACGGACACGCAAUUGGAGUAGCCUUUGACGACAACAACGCUCACCGUGUCGGCGGCGGCGGCCUGCCCGGGAACAACUACAAGCUGGCGCAGUUCCACUUCCACUGGAGCUUCCUGGACAACCUGGCCGCCGGGUCCGAGCACGUCCUCAACGGGCAGAUCUACCCUGCUGAGCUGCAUCUUGUCCACUGGAACGCUGACCAGCACACGGACCUGGGCGAUGCCGCUGUGGGGAACCGCACAAACCACGCCUCGCUCGCCGUGCUAGGGUUCUUCAUAGAGCUGUGCAACACGGACAACCCCGCCUUUGAACCGAUGUUGAAGUAUAUCGCUAACGUCAGCCAGAGCGGCACGACGUUUAAGUACCCUAUGGGAGACCGGUUCAGUCUGGACAGCCUCCUGCCGACCGACAGGACCAAGUUCUUCCGCUACAACGGCAGUCUCACCACGCCUACCUGUAACGAGGUGGUCACCUGGACCGUCUUCAAGGAAACCAUCUCCAUCUCAAGGAACCAGUUGACCAAGUUCAUCAACAGCGUGUACUAUGAGGCCCAACCCAACACAGUCGCCACCAAGAUGCAGGGCAACUACCGCCCUCCGCAGGCCCUUAACGGUCGCACGGUCUACCGGUCGUUCGAUGACGCAACCCUUAACGUCACCCCCAGGCCGGCUCCGAAGAGCCCCGACAACGCCGCCGUGCGGUUCGUGCCGGAACUGCUGUUCCUCGUUCUGACAGCUGUGUUCGCCGCCAUCUUUAACUGAUUCUAAAAGAUUCU